AUGACAGCCGGGUACGCGGCUUGUAGGAGCAAGACUGAUUCGUCCUCCGGCGUCAGUGACGUUCCUGCCCGUUCAUCAGUAGCGGCCGGCACGAAUGUGGUCAAGAAAUAG